GUGCAUCAUGGAAAUCGUUAUGUCUACACUGCCCACUUUUGGUGUGGAAAAAACCUAAAGAGUUUAGUCACAGAUGGGUGAAAGAAACACAUAUGAGAAAGUAACUGUAAAAACAUGAGGGAGGUGAACAGUCAAUCAUUUAUCUCCUGCUAACCUCUUGUGUUAUCCAAUAAAGGGAUGAAUAUAAAAAGGACUGGUGGAAGAAAGACAGGACAACAUCCAGAUCAUUCCUCUGUGAAACUACUAUCAAGUAUGGAGGCUGCUAUCAGUGUGUUGGUCUCCCAGUUUAAGGCGUUUGCUGGAAAGGAUGGCUCCUCAGAUACUCUCAGCCGAGACGAGUUCCAGAGCUUGGUGGUUUCACAGCUGCCCAACCUUGUCAAGAAUGCCAGCGACCCAGCCGCCAUCGACAAACUCAUGGGCUCACUGGACGAGAACAGCGAUGGGGAGUUGACUUUUCCGGAAUUCUGGCAGCUCAUUGGUGCUCUGGCGAGCCAACAGGGAGGCUUCAGUAAAUAGGAUCUCAAUACAUGAAUUGAUUCACAUUGUUUCAUUUAAUGUUGUGUUUUCUUCCUUGUUACUGAUCUGGGCUGCAUUUCCCUGAUGCGUUGUU